GAUUGAAAUCCAUUCAGUUGUGCGCCGGCAGUCUCUCUCUGACAAUCUCUUUGAGGAGAACAAAUUUCGCUAAAAACCCUCAACAUUUGACAAACUCAUUCUGUGUGAUGUAGCGAGUGAUUAUAAUUAAUGCGAUGAAAUCAGUGAGUUAAAAAGCUAUUCGGAGAUUAUUCCCCUAAAUGACACUUGAGAUAUUCUUUAUUAAAUGUACAAACACACAUCUCAUGACGUUGCUCAUCGUAACAGACGAAAAAUCAUCAUUGAGGCAAUAUGAAUGAGUCGAUCGUUGACUAAUAAAAGAAAUCCAAAUGUUGGUUAAACGUGACGGCAUUAUUUAUUGGUGGAGUUUAUUUUAACUUUGUUGUGUUGAUUGAGUAGAGAGCCUCAAUAGUUUUUGUUUUUUUUUUCUUAGUAAAUUGAAAUUUUCAAAGUUGAGUUAAUUCAGAAGAAGCGAUUAGAGAAACGAGAGUAAAAUGCGUCUACCAGUCGCAGUGUUUUUGUGCCUGUGCGUUAAUGGUGUAAUUUGCCGAUCAACAAGAUCUGCGGAUCGUCACGGUGGUGGCAAUGCCACUGCUGGCAAUUGCGAAAUCGUCAGGCCCUUUUUUGAGAGUAAAAAUAUCACGAUUGAUUUUUCCAGCAUCAGCAGAGAGAACGUAACAGCAACCACGUGCGGUGGGCCAUGCUGCAAUCGUCUGUCUGAGGAUCAACUUCGACAACAGGCGAAAGCGGAUUUUCACAAUUUAAUACAUCAUCACAGUCGCAGCCUCCAGGGCCUUUUAGCGACAACGGCCGAUGCCUUGAGGGAGACUGUGACAACACUGGCCCGUCAAUCGGAAAACAAGACGCUUACUCUGUUCGAGCAGGUCUACCUUUCGAUGUCACUGCUCAGCAGGCCAUCAAUCAAAGCACUUUACCAAGCAAUGAUCGACUAUGUCUCGCCCAGCAACACUCCAGACACCCUCCAACAGCCACUCACCCGUGAAAUGCUUCAGAAACGUUUCACCGAGUUCUUCACUCGUCUCUUUCCAAUAGCCUAUCAUCACGCAGUUAAUCCACGUCAGCAAGACUUCACUGAUAAAUUCAAAAACUGUCUCUACGACGCUAUUGAGGAGAUCCAGCCAUUUGGUGAUAUUCCUAAGCAGAUAUCACGCUCAGUGAGCAAGAGUUUAGAAGCUACUCGUGUGCUUGUCCAAGCGUUAACAUUAGGUAAAACAGUGUUGGAUAAAACAGAUACCGUCCUGUUUUAUGGCACUAGUCCACAGCAAACUGCGUGCUACGAGGCAUUACUCAAAAUGACAUACUGUUCAAAAUGCUCGGGACACGGCUCUGCAGUUCGUCCGUGCAGUGGUCUGUGCACAAACGUCAUGAGGGGCUGCUUGACUGAGCCAGCGUCUCAGUUGGAUCUAGCCUGGUCCGGUUACGUAGAGACCGUUGAGAGGCUCGUUGUUGCUGUUGAUGGCAGAACAGAUCCACUCGGGUUGAAUGCUGAGAGAGCAGUCAGACAGUUGGAUACUCGCAUUUCUGAUGCCAUAAUGCACGCUAUGGAGAAUGGCCCUUCGCUCGAGGAGAAGGUUCGAAAAUUGUGCGGACGAGCAGAGCUGAAGGAGAGCAAAAUGUCGGAAGCACCCCAACCAUCUGACGUCGUGGCCUCAUUCGGAAGCCAGUCAUCAUCGUCAUUGUUAUCAGCGAGCUUAGAGCACCAUCCCGCCGAAGUGCCUCACCCGAACGCCCAGGCACAUCGUGCCAGUCAAACUCAACUGCACAGCCAACUGGGCAACUUUUUAGCCAGUGUCGUUAGGUCCCGCACCUUUUACGGUACACUUGAUGAUGCCAUAUGCGAGGAAUAUCCCGAAAGGCAUUGCUGGAAUGGACAGCGAAUUGGAGAGUACACCAAGACAGUGGUUGAUUCAAGCUUAACCGCCCAGAAAUACAACCCCGAAUUUGCAAUGGCUUUAAACGCUGGUACGCCCAAUUACGGAAAUUCAAACACAAGUGCGCUGAUAGAUCAGUUGCGGCAUAUAAAUCAAAUGGUGCAGUUGCAGUUGGCAUCGGCCCCCGACAGUGGAGCCCUUCUGUCUGACGAGGCGCAAGAUGGUUCUGGCAGCGGUGCUAACCCAAAUUGGAACCGAGGAAUCGUUGUAAAUAGUGAUGACGAGGAUGUCGACGAUGAUAACGAGGCUUCCGGCUCGGGAAUGGGCCCCAUUAAGGGGGGUGACACCCCGAUAUUGACAGAGAAAAUUAAUACAGACGAUAAAACGAAUAAGACUAGUGGUGCUGCCUCGAAAAUCAAUUCUCUGAUUCUUCUCAGCUUCGUUUGGCUCAUUCACUGUGCUUAAAGCCUAUUCAAAUGAUAAGUGUACAGUACAUAGCACGAUGAAUAGUUAUCGAUUUGCGAGGAAAGGCGAAAAAAGUGAGAAUUAGCUAACUAUUGCAAGUCGUAUGACAAAAAAAAAUGACGAAAGUAAUUCUUUGCCGAAAUUAUGUAGAUUGACUUGUAGAUAAAACGAUUUCUCUGCCUGAGUAAUUGUUCUUAGCCAUUACAAGAGAUGAUGGUUCCGUGUCGCGGGCUCUGACAUAUUGGUCGGGUGAUAUAGCAUAUGCCAUAAUUGAACGUUAACUGCCACAAUGCCAAUCGUUGGUGAAAACACGAAAAUGGAUUAAAUUAUUAUUUUUCUUUUUAUCUUUUUUUUUUUAUAUAAACUUAUGUGAAUUACCAUUUUUCUUAUCAGAGAUCGGCCGGCAAAUAAUUUCCAUAAUUAAUAUGCUAAUAUAGCUUAUUUAUGAAAAAACAAGCACACAAAUGAAACUGCUUACAUCAGAUUUUUUUUCUCAUUGGUCAAUAUGUUUGAGGCGGGAAAUUCAAAUAGGGCGCGUAGAGCGCGCAUUCGGCCUCGUUAAUGAUUAAAGAAAAAAAAGGAAUUUCUGAUUUUUGUGGUCAUAAGUAGUAAUUAUUAGUCAUUAAGAUGAUUUUUAGAAUUGUAUACUUCUUAAUACUCAUCUAUAAUAAUAUAUAUUUGGAGGUAUUAAUGACCGAGUGAAAAAUGGCCAUUUGUCGCGCGAAUAACGGAGAAAAUAAUAUUUCGGUCGAUCUCUGGUCCUGCCAUGUCAUUUGAGUUUCUGUAAUGGUAGCUUUUUUCCCAGUGUUAUGUUAAUUUAUGAAAUCUCUCAUCUCAAGCGAUUAGAUUGCUUGCCUGACUUAUCAAUUAAUUUCUCAGAAAUUUAUAUUAAAUUUCCCGCCAGAUAAAUUAUUUGGAAAACACGUGCUGUGGCACGUCGGCUCCUCGCGUUCGUUUGUCCCUUGUAAUUUUUAUUUAAUAACUUUGUGCCUUUUUCAAUGUACCGCCGUGCCCACGCGCCGCUCAAUCCCUCUUAAUAAAAAAAAUCAUCAAUUGAGAUAAAUCGGCAUUGACGCUGCUGACGACAAAUGCCAAGAUUUGAUGACGAAUUAUUAAUAAAUCUAAAUCAACCGAAGUGUCAAUAACUAUCUGUUGACCGGUAGCACAUUAGCUUCAAAGAUCCGCGCAGGUCCGCGUGACCCAAAAGCCUGUGGUUACAAAUACGCCGUACAUUUUGAUAGUAUCGAUUAUAAUUUCGGUGACUGGUACCGAAAAUUGAAGAAUAAAAUAAAUGUAUUAAUCGACA